GGACACAGGAAGUGAAGAUAGCUGAAGUUAAAACAGGAACUUGGAGCACGCAGCACUUGAAAAGCUGUCGCUGGCAACAGGUGCCUGAGCAAAAAGCAGCAAGUUUGCCAGCAGGAGCUGGUGAGCCUUUUAAGAUGUGGAAAGCAGUCGUGGGACAUGACGUGUCAGUGAAGAUUGAGGCUCAGGGAGAUGACUGGGACACUGACCCUGAUUUUGUGAACGACAUUUCCGAGAAGGAGCAGCGCUGGGGAGCUAAAACCAUCGAAGGCUCCGGGCGCGCCGAGCACAUCGACAUCCAUCAGCUGAGGAACAAGGUAUCAGAGGAACAUGAGGUCAUCAAGAAGAAGGAGCUGGAGACUGGCCCCAAGGCCUCCUAUGGUUAUGGGGGCAAAUUUGGAACAGAGCGGGACCGAAUGGAUAAGUGCGCAGUGGGCCAUGAGUACAUUGCUGAUGUUGGGAAGCACUCCUCGCAGACGGAUGCCGCCCAGGGCUUUGGGGGAAAGUAUGGAGUCCAACGGGACCGAGCUGACAAGUCAGCACUGGGCUUUGAAUACAAGGGUGAGGUGGAAAAACACUCGUCCCAGAAAGAUUACUCCAAGGGCUUUGGUGGCCGUUACGGUGUGGAGAGGGACAAGGUGGACAAAGCAGCAGUAGGAUUUGACUACAAGAGCCAGGCAGAGAAGCAUGACUCUCAGAAAGACUAUUCUGUGGGCUUUGGUGGGAAGUUCGGUGUCCAGAAGGAUCGUCAGGACAAGAGUGCCCUUGGCUGGGACCAUCAGGAGGAAGUGCAACCCCAUGCAUCCCAAACAGACUAUGCCAAGGGUUUUGGAGGCCGUUACGGGAUCCAGAAGGACAGAGUAGAUAAGAGUGCUGCUGGCUUUAGUGAGAUGGCAGCUCCCACCUCCUCGUAUGAGAAAACAAGACCACUGGAGGCAGGAGCUUCCAGUGGCACCAGAAGCCUGCGGUCACAGUUUGAAAACAUGGCUAAGUCAGCAGAGGAGGAGAGCAGAAGGCAGGCAGAGGAGGACCGGGUGAGGCGGCAGGCUCGGGAGUGCCAGGUGGCUCGGCAGAAGCAGCAAAUCCCGCAGAGGGAGAAGGACCACACAGAGGCAGUGCCUGCCACCGUGCCAGCAAGGGUGCCUGAGAGUGCUGACCGAGCCAGGCCUGCGUCACAAGGAGAACAGCAGGCAAAAAGGGAAGAUGAGGAAACACCACCCACUUUGCCACCAAGGCCAGCAGAUCUGGGUGAAGAGCUAUGCAAGAUCCACAGCCAGGAUCAGCCCAUCUAUAGUGAAAGCUUGGAUGUCGGUGGAGACUAUGAGGAGCUGCCAGAGCCCUCUGACUACUGUGACAGUACCAAUGGAGGUGCUGACUAUGAGGAGCUGCCAGCUCCUUUGGGAAAGCUAGAUGCCAUCUAUGACCAUGGAGGAGAUGGAGGUGAGGACUAUGAGGAGAUCCUUCCUGAGGAGCCCAACCAGAGUCAGCCCCACCUGGGGGAAAUGGACAAUGGUUAUGAGGUGAAGAGCCCUGGGACCUGCGCAGUGGCUCUCUAUGAUUACCAAGGAGAUGGAGAUGAUGAGAUUUCUUUUGAUCCUGAUGACACAAUCACACACAUCGAGAUGGUAGACGAAGGCUGGUGGCGGGGGCAGUGCCGGGGCAAAGUAGGCCUCUUUCCAGCAAAUUAUGUGAAGCUUCUGCAGUGAAACCAGCAUUGUCCAAACUGCUUCCGUCCAAACUUUUCUCUCUCUCUCUGCUUGAGCCUUUUACAUGUUAUUAGCUUAAUUUGGCUCGGCCUGGUAUGUGUACAUGCAAGAAAUGCCAAGGAGCAAACUGGCAUUGUCUGAGGGAAUGGUUCCCUCAGUCUGAGGACUUUGGUUCCCAUCUACUUCCAGAUGGGAUGGUUUAAGAGCAUGGGAGUGCGACAUAAGACGUCUUUUCUACCUAGGCUGUCGCACACAUCAACCAGCAAGUUUGCAGAAGUGUGUCCACUCCCAGAAUCAUAGAAUCAUUUAGGUUGGAAGAGACCUUUAAGAUCAUCAAGUCCAACCGCUAAUCUAGCACUGCCAAGUCCACCACUAAACCAUGUUCCUAAGCACCACAUCUAUGUGUCUUUUAAAUACCUCCAGGGAUGGUGACUCCACCACUUCCCUGGGCAGCCUGUUGCAGUGCUUGAUAAUCCUUUCAGUGAAGAAAUUUUCCCUAAUAUCCAAUCUAAACCUCUCCUGGCACUUGAGGUCAUUUCCUGUCAUCUUAUCACUUGUUACUUGGGAGAAGACACUGACACCCCUCUCUUGCUACAACCUCCUUUCAGGUAGUUGUAGAGAGCAGUAAGUUCUCUCCUGAGCCCCCUUUUCUCCAGGCUAAACUACCCCAGCUCCCUCAGCCACUCAUAAGACUUUCUCUCUAGACCCUUCACCAAGAUGGGGACAAGGCAGCUGAUGUCCUGAACCAGUCACUGUCUGAAAUAGAGGAUGACAUAGCAAGGCUCCUGGAGCUCUUUAGGUUAUGGGCUUUUUGAUAAAGAAAACUAAAGAAAAAGGCUGUUGAUGUGCCCCUGGAAUUUGAGCAAGUACAAAGUUUGUUUGAGAAGAAAAAUGGUAUUUUUGCAGAGCACUUCACUUUUUAGAUUGACGUGCUCUCUUAUAAAACACAUCUGCACAACUGAUGUUAGGGAUAUGCACAAUGCUCAUGUGUUGUGCUGGGCAAUUCUGCUUUUGAAGUAUCUCCAUGUGACGAGAGCUGGACUGCUUGAGAAGGGCACAGCCUUCUUCAGUGACCUUUGCCAGUAUCCAUGGAUGGACUUUCCUUUGUUGCUCCUGUUCCCAACACAGCAAUUCAAAGAAAAGAAACACCAACUCUAAUCCAGUCAAGGCAGAAGGGACAUGAGCUAUGGGACCUUUUUAAGUAACUGUGGCCCUGGAUCUCAUCCUACCCAGAGGUCAAGGAAAAGAGCACUGUGAAAGCCAAACUUACCUUUGUUCCCAAGAAGAGUUUCCAUUUGCAGGAUGAACCAUGUUUGCAGCAUAGGGUAGAGAAACACGAACCUGGUCUGUCUGGGCAGAUUUGAGGGCUGGGGCCUUAGAACAUUUAACCAUCAUCACAGUGAACUGAUUUUCCUGCACACUGACACAAGCUUGGCUGUAGUGGGCUGUUCCAUUAAACAAGAGAAGUGUGCGCUGGAUCAAUGAAAAUGUAGGAUGAUCUUGCUAAGGUAGGAGAUUACUCACUUGGUUUUCCUCUACGUGCCAAGAAUGCUGUUGGGAGAUGUGUCAUUUCUGGGGUAAACCUUGAAAAAGGAAGUGUAAAAAUCAGAUUAUUUUCUGAGAAAAAAUUAUUAUGGAAAACCUGUCUUGGAGCAAAAGAAAAAUACUAAAAGGCUUCAGUUAACAAAGAGUACGUUAAGAACUGUCUUGGUCCUCAUCCAGGCAGCCCAUCAAAGGAAUGUUCUGCUAGGGAAGUCCUUUCAAUCUAGAAAAUGAAUCGGAGUAAGUGCUGCUUAAUACAGGCAGUACAAUAUUUUUGAGAGCGCUCCAUUUUUCCUGUUAGCUGUUCUGACAGUAUAAAUAAGCAAACACAUGCAGAUGGGGUGGGAAGAACAGUUCCACAACUUGUCACUAGCGUAAGGGCUCCAGCGUGCUUUGCAGUCAGUGCUAAAGGUAGGUUCCCCCAUCCGGUAUUUGGCUCAGCCUGUUCUCACUGCUGUUGGGUGGUUUGAGUCUCUGUGCUGAAGUUAGGCAUCCCCAGUGUGGCAGUGAAAUAGUUAACGACUCAUAGGCAUUUGCAGGACUCACUAGUUAAGAAAUAUUCACAGGUAAUGGUCUCACCAGUUUAAUUAAUAAAGAUGUGAAUUAUUUGUUGAAGGGUGUUCUGGCUAGAAUCUGAAGAAUGCUAUUGAAGAAUGCUAUAUCUGAAGAAUGCUAUUGUUAUUUACAAUAUCCUGUUUAUGUGACAUUGGUGAAGAAUGAGUUGCAUAACCUAAGGGUAUAUAAACUCUGUAACUGCCCCAUUUGGGUAGAGUUCAUAUUGGCAGUGUCUGUCAUUCUGCUGUGCUGUGCUCUCCCUCAUAGCUGUAGUAAUAAACUGUUUCUGUUCUGGCUUACUAAAA